UUUCACGACGGAAAGACUUGGAUGAUCAGAAAAGUCUUCUUCCUCACGGUCUGACGAAGAGAAGAGACUGACUUGUAGAAGAACAAAUGGCGGAUUCUCGAUCAUCGGACGGCGAAAAGGAGAGGCGGCGUUCGGUCAACUGUAGCAGAGGGAAGAACGAGGCGAUGAAAGUCAUAUUCACUGAUCCUCAAAUUCUCGAUUGCUAUAUUUGUUGCGAGCCCUUGUCAGUUCCUGUUUACCAGUGUGAGAACGGGCAUAUUUCUUGCUCUAGUUGCUGCUCCAAAGUUCACAAUAAAUGCCCUAGCUGCAGCUUGGCCAUCGGCUACAUACGUUGCAGGGCGAUCGAGAAGGUUCUUGAAUCAAUCAAGAUACCAUGCCAAAACUCAAAAUAUGGAUGCAAAAUCACAAUGAAUUUGAACCAGAUAAACGAGCACGAGACAUCGUGCCCAUAUGAACCCUGUUCGUGCCCUAUAUCUGAUUGCUCUUAUGUUGAUUCGGCAGAGCAUUUGGGGUCACACUUCAGAAAAAGGCACCAAGACUCAGCCAAAAGCUUCUUAUACAAUUCAAGGUUCACAAUAUGCUUGAACAGUGGUGAUAGAUAUCGUAUCUUUCAAGCAGAGAACGAUGAUGCUUUGUUUGUCCUGUCUUACUCGUUUGAAAUCUUUGGUAAUGCGGUUACUUUGAGCCGGAUUGGAUCUCCGUUGUCUGAGAAGAAGUUUUGUUAUGAUAUCAAAGCCAAAUCACAGGGGAGUGUUCUUUCUUUGCAAUCAGUGGCGAAGGAGAUCCAACGUUGGACUGAAGAUCCUCCUUUCAAGGGAUCGCUUUUGAUUCCAAAUGAGUUCUUCGGAUCUUCUUCAGCCCAGACGAUCUUGGAGAUUCGCAUUUGGCCUUCACGCUGAAGACAAACACUGGGGAUCAACACAGGUGCGCAUACAUUUUUUGAAACAAAGCUGAAUUAUUGUUUAAACUGAGUUAAUCUUUGCAUCUGUGUUUUCUUUGUUUUUUUGGGAAGGACUUGGUGCAUACUUUUGUGCAUAUAUAUCUAUAUGGGUUUGUUGAACUUUUAAUUUUAAUUUUGUAUGGAAUAGAACAUUAAGCUUGCAUAGGU